CAACCCCAAAGCACGGGCUGUCCAGACAUGCCUCAGGACCUGCCUCCUCACCAAGGGGAGCAAUGUCCAUCACGGUGGAGUCGUAUGAAAGACAAGUCCUACCUCUUUUCUCCUGAAAAAAGAACUUGGGCACACUGCAAAUCCUCCUGCAUUUCUCAGGCUGCCAAGCUGCUCAUGGUUGAUAAUCAGGAGGAACGGGAUUUCAUAAAUCAUGAGUUGUUUCAAUACUAUGAAGAUCACAACAGCGCUGUAUAUUAUCACCGAUUCUGGAUUGGAUUGUCCUACAACUCUGAAACUAGGAAAUGGGUCUGGGUGGAUGGCUCAGUGCUCUCCUCUUCCUUGUUUGAUCUCCCAGACCUCAGUCAUGCAAGUUAUGAGGGUGGAGCUUGUGUGUAUGUCCAAGGUGGGACAGCUAAGCCUGGAGACUGUGAACUAACUCAGUUCUGCAUUUGUGGGAAGAGGAGGGAAUCGUCAGGAGAAAAGAGACUGGAUUAA